GAAACAAAAGCGACCUAAAUAAAAAAAAAAAAAUCAUAUCAUCCACCAUCAAAAAAAUGGUGGUAGAGACAACAAAACAUGAAGAACCAAUCAUAUGCCAAUCAAAGACGGUAUGUGUAAUAGGCGCAGGACCAUCAGGGUUAGUGUCGGCGAGAGAGCUGAAGAAAGAAGGUCAUAAGGUGGUGGUGAUGGAGCAAAACAACGACGUAGGAGGGCAAUGGCUAUACCAACCAAACGUAGAACAAGAAGACCCUUUGGGGAAAACCAAAAGUCUAAAAGUACAUAGCAGCAUUUACUCAUCCUUGAGGUUGAUUUCGCCGAGAGAGGUAAUGGGUUUCUCUGAUUUUCCAUUCACGGUUAAGGAGGGAAGAGACACGAGGAGAUUUCCCGGUCAUGAGGAGCUUUGGUUGUAUCUUAAAGAUUUUUGUGAGGUGUUUGGGCUGAGAGAGAUGAUCAGGUUUAAUGUAAGGGUUGAGUUUGUGGAGAUGGUGAAUGAUGAUGAUGAUAAUAUGAAGAGAUGGAUGGUGAAGAGUGUAGAGAAGAAGAGUGGUGAGGUUAUUGAAGAAGUGUUUGAUGCUGUUGUUGUUGCCACUGGUCAUUACUCUUACCCCAGAUUGCCUUCUAUUAAAGGAAUGGAUAUGUGGAAGGGGAAGCAAGUUCAUAGCCAUGUCUACAGGGAGCCUGAUCGUUUUCGUGACGAGGUGGUGGUCGUCGUAGGCUGCUUCGUGAGCGGACCUGACAUAUCAAUUGAACUUGUGAAAGUUGCAAAAGAAGUUCAUCUAAGUUCCAAAUCACUUAACGUCUCUCCUGGCGUUUCUAAAGCCAUUUCAAAAUAUCAAAACAUGCAUCUCCAUCCACAGAUUGAAUCUCUAGAGGAAGAUGGACGUGUCGUUUUCAUUGAUGGGUCUUGUAUUGUAGCUGACACCAUUUUGUACUGUACCGGGUAUUGGUACAAAUUCCCAUUUCUUGAGACUAAAGGAAUAGUGAAAGUGGAUGAUAAUAGAGUGGGUCCACUAUUCGAACACACGUUCCCACCUUCUCUGUCUCCUUCUCUCUCCUUUGUCGGAAUACCUCGAAAGUUGAUAGGGUUCCCAUUCUUUGAAUCACAAGCGAAAUGGAUCGCAAGUCUUUUAUCAGGCAAGACUUCACUUCCUUCCUACGAUGAAAUGAUGGAAUCAGUGGACGAGUACUACCGUGCCAGAGAAGCCAGUGGAAUCCCUAAACGCAACAGUCAUGACAUCCCUGACUUCGAUUAUUGCGAUAAUUUACAAGUCCAUAUCUCCCUGCCAGCGCCGGGUCCUCUUGUGGUAGGAUGA